AUGAGAACUACUCCACCAGCUCAUUACUUGAUGAAAGUUCAGUCGUUCAGUUUGCUCUCAAAAUCAAUGGAGAAACACGAAAGUUCUGUAUUUGAAGUUGGGGGAUACAAAUGGGUAUUGUCAUUUUAUUCAAAUACAUCUGAAAAAUACCUAUCUCUAUACUUGACAAUAAUAUGCUCUGAUGAUGAUGCCGAGAGUACUACUUCUGAUGAUGUGGGUAUUAUUCCAAGCAGUGGUUGGGAAGUUAAUGCUAACUUCACUUUGUUUGUCUAUAAUCAAACAAAAGAUAAUUAUCUGACCUUUCAAGCUGUAAGGCGUUUUCAUGAGAUGAAAAAAGAAUGGGGAUUUGAACGAAUAAUGUUACUUGAAACAUCCGAAGAUGUGAAUAAUGGAUAUGUGGUUAACGACACGUGUGUAUUUGGAGCUGAAAUUUUUAUCAUAAAUCAUACUGCUCCAACCUCCGCAAUACUUUCUGUAGUUGAUCGUCACUUCAUAAACAAUUCUAUUUUUCGUUGGGAAAUUAAAGAAUUUUCGGAUAAAUAUAUUUACAAAUCUCAAGUCUUUUGCUCUGGAGGAAUAGAGUGGCAUUUAACUAUCAGUCCAAACGGUAUUCAAAGUAGAGAUGGAAAAUCAUUGGCAAUAUUUUUAACGAAGGAACAUCCAAAAAACUCGACAACUUAUGCUGAGUUUUGUGUUCGAAUAAUUAAUCACCUUGAUUCUAAACACAAAGAAUAUGCAGAUAAUGAAUAUUUCAGUCGUGACAAAAGUUGGAAUUGUACUAAAUUAAUAUCACUAGAAGAUCUUCACAAUUUUUUGAAUUAUUACAUUGUCAAGGAUACUCUAAUUCUCCAACUUGAAUUCUUUCUUAUUUCACACACUAAAGUUUUGACAUCUUCCAAAUCUACAAAGAUGAUAAAUUGA